UGGACGAGUACGCGUUUAAAUAGUGUGCGUGCGCGCCUAGUACUGGCUGUCUAUCUUGUCUAUACUUGUAGUAACAUUCGCGGCUACUCUUUCAACUCACUCACUUUUGCGACCUUCAUAUCGCAAAAACUUUGGCAUUUAUUGCCAUUAGCCAGCUUUUUGGUCCACAGUUCGUCGUUAAACGUGCAAUGGCAACAUGGAUAACGAGCAGCCUCAUCAGGAAUUAGUAAAGUGUGUUUUGGUCGGUGAUACUGCCGUGGGGAAGACACGUUUAAUUUGCGCACGCGCAUGCAAUAAGCAUGUUUCGCUGUCACAGCUGCUAUCGACACAUGUGCCUACAGUGUGGGCCAUCGAUCAGUAUCGAAUCUAUAAGGAUGUGCUUGAGCGCUCCUGGGAGGUAGUGGAUGGCGUAAAUGUCUCGUUACGACUCUGGGAUACAUUUGGUGAUCAUGACAAGGACCGAAGAUUCGCUUAUGGACGGUCAGAUGUCGUACUGCUAUGCUUCUCCAUUGCCAGCCCAAUAUCGUUGCGUAAUUGUAAGGCUAUGUGGUAUCCGGAAAUACGCCGUUUCUGUCCAGACGUACCCGUCAUAUUGGUAGGAUGUAAAAAUGAUUUACGUUAUAUGUAUCGCGAUGAAACAUAUUUAUCGUACUUUGGCGAGCGAAGCACCUUCGUGCGUGCUGCGCUGAAAAGUGACCUCGUCAUGCCCGAUGAGGCGCGUGCCGUUGCCAAGGAGCUGGGUGUAGCCUAUUACGAGACCAGCGUCUUCACCUACUUCGGUGUGAAUGAAGUAUUCGAAAAUGCCAUACGUUCGGCGUUGAUUGCGCGCCGACAGCAACGUUUCUGGAUGACAAAUUUGAAAAAAGUACAAAAACCGUUGCUGCAGGCACCAUUCCGACCGCCCAAACCGCCACCACCAGAAGUCACCGUUGUGGUGGGCAAUUACAGACAAGACAUGUAUAACAUGUUAAUUUCACAAACACACACGGAUCUCAUACUGGUGGUGGGUACGAGUAAAUUUCCGGUACAUCGGUUUAUGUUGGCGGCUGCGUCGAACGUCUUCUAUAGGCUAUUGAAUACGGAAUUAACGGAUAUGGGUGGUAGGAGCAGUAGUGAAUCGAGUAUGGUGAGUUCUACCUUUGGCGAAGCUACCACAGCGGAUUUCAAUGAUGAUACUGAGUGCUUGAUAAGGCAUGAAUCGCGAACACAGAGAAUGUGGGAACAGCUGAAGCGUCGCUCAAGCUAUCAGGCCUUACCGCUAAUCGAAACCAAAAGGCCCAGUGAUCUCUAUAAGGACCUGCACCACCCCAUUUUCCAAAAUAUACGCUUAAUACAGAUGGAAAAUACGCGUGGCAUUAAUGUAACACAAACAAUUGUCACAUUAACCAAGCUGAUAACACCGCCAGCGCUGCAACAGUGUCUGCAAUUCGUCUAUACCGGCACAAUUGAAAGGGAAUUUCACAAUUUGCAGGAAAUUAAACAAGCUGCUGAUUUCUUAGAACUGCCUCAAUUGACUUUAUUACUUUCCAAGCCACAAACACUUUUAGCCAGUCUAAACGAUGAACCCAAUCAACAUUUAUGCUUUAGCAUUAAAGAGAACAUGGAGAAACAUUGCAUUGGCGAUGGUUGUUUCAGCGAUGUCACUUUCGAGUUGGACGAUGGUCAAAUGAAGGCACAUCGCGCCAUUUUAGUUGCACGCUGUGAUGUUAUGCGCGCCAUGUUGGCUGGCGACUUUCGUGAGGCGCACUCAAGUGUGAUCGUCUUUCCCGGUGUCACGAUUUAUACAUUUCAUAAGUUGCUCUGCUAUUUGUACACAGAUGAAAUACCUCCAAUUUCCGCAGAUAAAUGCUUAAAUCUUCUAGAAUUGGCUAAUCGUUUAUGUUUGCCACGGCUAUUGAAUUUAGUGGAAUGUCGUGUAAUUGAAGACUUAACAAUGAUUUCGCAGAAUGAAACAAAUGAAACGGUCGAUCAUUGUCUAAAGCUGCUGGAGCCAGUGAAGCUACACAACGCUCACCAAUUGGCCGAAUGGUGUAUGUCAUAUCUGUGUGUCAAUUACAAUAUUAUUUGUAAAUUCUCGCUCAAAGGCCUCAAAGCACUGCAUCAGGAUAAUCAAGAAUACCUGCGUGAACAUCGUUGGCCACCAGUGUGGUAUUUAAAGGAUUAUGAUUACUAUCAACGCUGCAUAAAUGAAAUGAAUAAAGAGCUAAAGAAUUCACGGCGCGAUUCGCGUAGUGAUGAUGAAGGUUGCCUCUGCUUUACUGGGGGUAAGUGUUCAAGCAAUGUUUCAGACAACAACAAUUUUACUUGACUGAGCAAUUAACAAACGACGACAACGUCGACGACGACAACAACAACUGGAAAUUGACUUUUGGCAAACAACUAAAGUGAAAUGCUGUGUCAGUAAAAAGUGUGCAGAAUUAAAAAAAAACAACA